UCUUGGCGGGCUGCUCAGUCUUGAAGAGAACAGUUUCGUAGCUGAGGAACUUCAGUGCAGGAGGUCGCUUUGUUGCUGUUAGCUCUGCCGUGCGAGUCGAAGUUGUUGUCCGCUUCCUCGUUUAUCCCGUUCUGGAUUCGGUCUCGUUCGCGUCUGCUCUUGGUCCUAACACGACCUGGAUCUAGAGACGGAGUGGAUUUGGCAGCAGCAGCUAGCUCCGGCGAGGUGACGAAUUGCAUUCGUAGUUUAGAAGCACCAACAGCUCGAGUUCUCUCAGUUGUUCCCUAAACUUGGCGAGCAAAGGUUGUAAACUCGAGUAGCGGUCAAGAUGAGUGAACCAGGACAAGGUCGUUUCGAUGACCUGGACCCUAAUGGAGAUAUUGUGCUGGCUGGUCCAGUUCGCAAAGACAAGACUAAGACUGAGCGAUUCGCUGUGCUGUGGGCUAACCCGUUGUCGGGCGCAGGCUUCCCAAGAUUCGAGGUGUACGCCGAUGAGAAGUCGUUUCUCAAGAAGAAGACCCCGAAGACCAAGAUUCCCAUCAAGGACAUCGAGAGCUGCGAGAGGACGGAGCCCAGUAGCUCGCCGAAUUCCAGAGACCUGCACCGGUUCGUGAUCAAGUUCCACAACGGCGAUCAGUUCUUCUAUAGCUGCUCAUCGUUGGAUCACCAGACGGCUUGGUGCAGCUGGAUUCAGGAGUUUGUCACCGGCAUUCCCGAUGUGGGCAAGCACGGAUAUAUCAAGAGCUUUCCUAACGUGAAGAUCGUGCCGCUCAACCUGGCGCAGAAGAUUGAUCUGGCUGCGGAGGUGCCGGUGCCGUGCACGCUUGCGUUCAGCCCCACCGACGUGGGUGUGUUCCUGCCCAUGCGACACAAGCCACGCUUCGUGGUGCAGGUGCGCCUGCUCCGCUCAGCGGGCUACAGCGGCAGCCUGAUGCACUUCCAGUGCGGGCGGCGCACCACCUGCGGCGAGGGCUUCAUGUUCUUCGAGUCGCAGAGCGAGUACGAGGCCAAGCUGAUGAAGGACGCGCUGUAUGAGGAGAUGAGCCGGGGUGUUACGAGUGAGUCACCGCCGGCGAACAAUGGCCCGUCACCACGCUCACACCAGUACCCGAUCAACAUACCGGCAAACAGCACCAGCAUGGCGUACGCCAUCACCAACAACGCCCGGCCCAAGCAGCCGAUUCCCGACAUGGCCGCCAGCGUUUCUCCGCCGAACGGCAGCCUACCGAACGGCAGUCUCCCCAAUGGUAGCCUUCCGAACGGUCACUCCCUUCCGAACGGUCACUCGCUGCCGCGCAGCCUGAGUGAGAACCCGGGCAUGGUGGCGACGCCGAACAGCAGGGAGGGAUCGCUUCGCAUGACGUCGCACCGGCCUCGCGCCACGGCCGUAUCCACAGCCUCCUCGGCCUCGCACUUCCCUCGCCAGAACUCCGAGCCGGCAACGGCGGGCGCGAGCAGCAGCAGCUUCAGUCGGCAGCACUCGCUGCGCGGGACCUCGCUGAGCUACGGCUCCGAAACGGACGGCUUUAUGUCGCCGUCGAACCGUAAGCUCUCAGUGUACGAGGACAUGCAGUCGCCGUGGCAGCAGCGCCUGUCCGGCACCGACCUGCAUCGCAGCAUGUCCAAUGGCCACGGUCAUAGGCACAGCCACGGCCACGGCGGGGAGGACACUUAUGAGGACAUGCAGCCGGUGUCGCACAGCCGAACAAACUCUACGGUGAGCGACGUCUCAGGCAGCUCUCACCACGACAGCGGCAUGGAGGAGAUGGACGGGCGCAUGCGUGCGGCGUCGAUCGACUCGCACCACUCCAGCCGCGUCAUCCCGGACGGCCUGGCGGACAGCUCCGUCCCAAUGCAGCCGGGCCUGUACACAAACAAGUCGGUCAUGGAGAACAUCACGUCGCCCAGCGACAUGAACUACGUGAACUUCGAGCCGGUGCGCAGCCAGCGGUCGAGUCGCAACAAGCACCUGGAGGUGAAACGGAACGGACGCGCCGAUCGCGAGUACGAGAACCUCUGGGUGGUCGUCAACAACCCGGAGCAGGAGGAGCAGCAGCGGCGGCAUCCUCCUCUUCCCCCUCAGGUGUCCGGCCCAAUGGCAAUCCCCGGUAAGCCGAGCGGUGGCCGCAAUUCGCUGGGCCACAUCCCACUCUCCGUCAGCGGCGGUGGUGGUGACCUGGAGGCGUCUGGCUCGUGGAACAACCAGGCGCACUCCCUGGCCGAGUAUCCCUGUCGGCAUAGCGCGCCAAGGUCGUCGUUCACCGCCGAGCACGACAUGUUUCCCAUGGACGAUACCAGUCCACCGCCGCCGCAGCUGCCCAGCCGCGUUCCGCCGCCGUCGUCGAUGAUGCGCUCGUAGCCGCGCUGCUCGUUGCAUUGCGCUCGAGCGCUCUUCAAACUUUGUAACCCUGGAUCGUUCUAUCUGAGUACCUACACUCUGAAAUCCCCCUCCGUGCUAUAACGCUGAACAAUGUUGAUGUCAAGUAUUACAAGAAUGUGACAGUUACUACCCAGCAGCUCCCCUGCGACUCCAGGCGUACUGCUCGCCGUACACUGGUGUACUGGCGUGAAACAUCCAGGCAGCAGCCACACAGCCUCUCUGUACUACAGGGGGAGUGUUUCGUGGAGACGCUUUAAAAAAAUCAGUUCUAACCGUGGUGACGCCAUCAUCCCAGUGCCCCCUCCCGUGCUAUAAAACUAUAUACAUAAUUAUAUAUAUAUCUAUAAUUAUUCCCAUGCCAGGACGCCUACAUUGGCACUGCACCUUGCGCCGAUAUCGUGAUGAACGCCUUCAGCUCUUCCGAUGCCGCUCUGUGUGCCAAUGUGUGUGGGUGGGUGCUCCUGGCCAGCUUGAAUCUCACAAACUGUCGACUUUAUUGCCAGUAAUCUUUAUGACGCGUCGCUCCUCAAGGCUGUUUGAUACUAUUGUUGAUCCCCUCCCAGUCCCAGCCGGCAUUUACCGCUCAGCAUCAUAACAUGCAUAAGUAAGCCGGGGACCAGCUCACGAAAACCAAUUUUGAGAAGUUCUUUUCAGCGUCCCCCCUUCCCCGCGAAAGCAUAGUAAUAUAUUAUUCCUCCGCUAGCGCCUCAUCACAGCGGAUGACCUUCAAGCAGAUUUCCCGUGCGGCCUGAUCCCAGCCUAUUGAUUGACAUUCCACUUGCGCUAUAUCUACUGUUGACUACACAGGGCUUGUAGCUGCAUUCAUUUCUCGGCCAACGUUUGCUUACACUGUACAUUUCCGACUGUGCCCCUCCACACGCACACACACACGCACGCACGCACACACACUCUCUCGAAGUCUGUCUAUAUCGGUUGUGUUGUGUUUUUUUUUAUCGAGUUUCCAUUGGACACAGUCUCUUCUCCCUCUUAGCCGGUCAGUCAUGCUGCUGCUGCUGCUGCAGGUUCUUACCUUGCCCUUCCCACUUCUCUGGUCUCUCUCCUCACUCGACAGUGCCAAUGGUCAACGUUCUGUGCCCCUUAACGCCCUUUACUUCGUUUUGCCGCACCGCGUUUCGCCCCCCCCUUGGUUUUCCAGUCUCUGUUUCUGGUGUGCCUCGUUCGCGUGGCAAAUCUGUGUACAUCAUGAUAGCAAUGCGGUAAACGAAAAUCUCUCUCCAUGUCUCUUUCAUCUACAUCUCUCUCUACCGCACACACUGUGUUUCUGUCAUCUUUGUUUCUUCGUAGUCUUUGCUGCUUUUCUGCCCAACUUGCUGUUAGUUGGCUUUCUCUCUUUUAUCAGUGCAGACUUGCAGACUACUUGCAGACUUGGUCUUUUUGAGCUCUUGAUCCAGCCCUUGCUUUUAUUACGCUGUGUCCACUGACUUGUUUAUAGUGCUGUGUAUUCCAACGUUGAGUGCUAUUUGUACUAUUUUGUGCAGGAUAUAAUAGUAGCUGUUUAAAAGCCCUUAUAAAUAA